AUGACCAAACCUUACCCCGAACCUAAUCCACCAGUCAUACUUCCCUAUGGGGAUGGUUCAUACAAGAUCUUUGGAAUGGAAAACUUUGGUAAUACAUGCUAUUGUAAUUCCAUUCUCCAAUGUUUAUAUUAUACAGAGAAUUUCCGCAAGAACCUCGUGCUGCAUAAAUUCACCAAACAUGAACCGAAAUUGAAAAUAUCUGGAUCUAAAUUGCAUAGUUUCAGUAACAAGUACGAACAAUUAUUGCAAAAGAAGCUCAAAGAACAAGGCAAAGUCCCCACACAAACACCAAUACUGGCUGGUUCAGUUGUAAGUGGCAGUGGCGGAUUAGAGGAACGUCCUAAACUGUCGAGAAAAGGGUCAUUAUUUGGAAUCAAAUUUAACAAUUCAUCUUCUACAACAACAGCUGCCAAUGUUAUUGAUAGCAAGACUGCAAGUUAUAUAAGAGAAGCUAAAGAUUGGGAUGUACUAACCUUGGAGCAACGACUCAAUAUCAAAAAGUGUGCAGAAUUUCAGAAAUUGCCGAUUUUGAUGACAAGACCUACAAACCACGAAGUCAACCCUUCUGGUAGAGUUGACUAUUCCCAAAGUUCAUCCAUGCUUUUAAAUGGCGAUCAACCGCAACAGACCCAAUCCGAAGGUUCCAUCAGCUCUACCUCAAGUGCAAUCAUUGUGGGGAUUCCUCACCCGGAAACAAACUUAUUAGUUCCCAUUAAUCCUUUCAAUGUAAAUCCAGGUGCCGAUCAAAGAAAACGAUCUGCAUUGAUCAACGGUCCUAUUAUAAAUCUUGAUGCUUCUUUGCAAAUUGGUGAGCAACAUGAAGAUUCCAUAUUGAUGUACGCACUCAAGGAUAUAUUUGAAAGUAUGAUUGAAAAUAAAUCCACCAUUGGUGUAGUAUCACCCAAUUAUUUUAUUCAAAAACUUAAAGAUAGGAAUUACUUGUUUCGUCAGAAUAAUAUGCAUCAUGAUGCUCAUGAAUUUUUCAAUUAUUUAAUUAAUGAAAUUAUCGAAACCUUGAAUAGAGAAGUUGGCCCUGAAAACAAUUGGUGUAACAAUAUAUUCCGGGGUUCAAUCACUAAUGAAACUAAAUGUUUAUCAUGUGAAACUGUCAGUUCAAGACAUGAAUAUUUCCUUGAUCUAUCAAUUGAUAUUCCCCCUGGUGAAAGUGCAUACUCGUUAAGUUAUUCCCUUAAUAAUUUCUCGAAACUGGAAACAUUGACUAAUCAGAAUAAGUUUUAUUGUAAUACAUGUUCAUCACUUCAAGAAGCCGUGAAAACUAUCAAGUUGAACAAAUUGCCUGAAGUUUUGGUAAUCAAUUUCAAGAGAUUCAAGUAUGAUGAAACCGUUGAUAAAAUGGUGAAAUUAUUUGAUUCAAUUAGUUAUCCAUUUAAAUUGAAAUUGUUCAACACUACCGACGAUGAUCAGGAACAACAUUUAUACGAAUUAUAUGCGUUGGUUGUGCAUAUAGGAGGAGGACCCAUGCAUGGACAUUAUGUGUCCAUCUGUAAGACCAAGUAUGGAUUAUGGCUUUUAUUUGAUGAUGAAACUGUGGAAUUGGUUGAUGAUUCCUAUGUUAUGCGAUUCUUUGGCAAUGGGCCUGGAUUGGCAAGUGCAUAUAUUUUAUUUUACAGCAAGUGUCACGAAACCAGUGACGAUGUUGUCGAUUUUGGAUUUGAUAUUUCCAGUAUUUACAAAGGAGAUGAUUUUGGAUUACUUCAACAAGUUAAUAAUAACAGUGACUUAUCGUUGAAGAAACCAACUACUGCCGAAGAAGUUGAGCAAGAAAAAUCAGAAACAUCAUCGGUCAAUUCUUACAAUGCGCCAGAGGCUAAAAAGCAGGGAGUGUUUAAACCAUUCAAAUUUGAUGGCACAAAAGAAGAAAAACCACUCUCAAGGUCCAGCAGUAAUAAAGAACCUAAAGAGAAGAAGUCUUGGGGACUUAAAUGGAAAAACUCGUCGGACACAACAAACUCUGACAAGAAAGCCAGUGUUAGUGGUGCCUCAUCACUGGUUCCUGAACGAAAGAAGUCGAUUUUUGGGUUCAAACGGAAGUAA